GGAAGGAUUAUAUUAUUAUGUAUUGUAGAACAUUACUAAAACUAGCACUGAUUAUAAAAUUUGAAUUUUCUGUGCUGCAUGAUGAAGGUGGAGAACCCACAGUGUGAUUUAUUUGUUUAUUUGUGCGAGCAAGUUUGAGUACUGAAGUUCAGAUGAUUUCGCAUCUAAUUUAUCUAAAUGCGCACCUUUAAGCACAUUGGAGAGGAAAUCAGAAACGCUGCACGCUGCUCUGUUUGUGAGAAGGUUCUCAGUGUCGUCCUCUGAGCCGCGCAGAGCGUAGCCCAGGGUCACACGCGGAACAGGAACAAUGCCGUCCUUUCACUGAAGCCGUGAGGCAGUAGGACCCAGCGAUCUCCUGCCGCCGCCGCUGCCCUCCUCUCCAGGCUCCUCUAGUUCCAGAGCUGAGCGAGACAGGAGAACAGAGUGCAGAGAGAGAAGGAGGGGGAAAGACUGAGAGACACAGAGAGAGAGAGAAAGAGAGAGAGAGAGAAGAGGAGUGAAUGUUCAAGCCCACUGUGCUCCCUGCUACAAUCCAGAAUCUGUGGAAUGGACGGAUUAAACCGUGGUGGGAUUUAAACGUUUUGGAGCCGGAGCUGAAGCUCAUGAGGAGGCGUCCAAUCAAGAGAAGAUCAGGAUUCAAAGGAGCCUUGGUCUAAAUGGGUCCGGUCAUGCCUCCCAGUAAGAAGCCGGAAGCUUCCGGGGUGAGCGUGGCGAGUGGCUUGAGUCAGCUGUACCAGGUGGGCUCCAUCACCCGGGCGCUGUGCGAGGAUGACGAACUGGAGCUGGCGCUGCCCGUGCCGGCCAUCAAGCUGGAGAGGUCGGGCGCCGAGGACGAGGAGCUGACCAACCUGAACUGGCUGCACGAGAGCAAGAACCUGCUGACGAGCUUCGGCGACCCGGUGCUGAGGAGCGUGAGCCCCGUGCAGGAGCCCGACGACGACCCGCCUCCCUCCCCGGCCACCUCCGACCUGGCCUACGACGCCAAGCACAACCCCAACUGCAAGCCGCCGUACUCCUUCAGCUGCCUCAUCUUCAUGGCCAUCGAGGACGCACCCUCCAAGAGGCUUCCCGUCAAAGACAUUUACAACUGGAUCCUCGAGCACUUCCCUUAUUUCGCCAAUGCCCCCACCGGGUGGAAGAACUCUGUCAGGCACAACCUCUCACUCAAUAAGUGUUUUAAGAAAGUGGACAAAGACAGGAGUCAGAGUAUCGGGAAGGGUUCCCUGUGGUGCAUAGACCCGGAAUACAGACACAAUCUCAUCCAGGCGCUGAAGAAGACGCCUUAUCAUCCCUACUCCCAAGUGUUCACCACGCCUCCCACCUCUCCUCAGGCAUAUCAAAGCCUGUCCAGUCCUCCAAUUUGGCCGGGGAAUCACUUCUACAGAAAAAAUAAAGGAGUCCUCCUACCAGAUAUAGACACCAUCGUCUCCGUGAUGUGUUCGAAUUGUCCUGAAACGCCCGAGUUUUUUCCUCAGGGAGUGAUCCGGAACGGAGCCUGUAUGAUGAACCCGGGCCUCUUCCCAGGAAUUCGACCUCUUCCCAUUAAUCCUAUUGGCAGCAGAGCAGCGGCCGUCAGGUCCGUCCUGGCCGGCUGCAGGAUUCGCAGCGAAAGCGAGCCGUCCUGCGACUCUCCUCUGGUCAGCAGCGACCCCAAGGAGGACCACAACUACAGCUUCGGCAAAUCUUCCAACUCGACAACCGGAGAGAAAACGCAGCUCGACUGUGGCGCGCCUGAGUUCCACGGUCACGACGCCGCCAGCGACACGGACGACGACGACAGGGCCAAGAUCAAGAAGGAGCCCAAAGAGUGGGCGGUGGACGCUCUGGCCCUGGCGCAGCACAACAAGUGGCACCAUUUGACAAAGGUCAAACAGAGAGUGGCCAGUGACAUGCUGCCGUUAAAAAAGAGGCGCACGGAGAAGCCUCCGGAAAGCGAUGACGAGGAGAUGAAGGAGGCGGCGGGGUCUCUGCUCCACCUGGCUGGCGUCAGAGCAUGUUUGAACAAUAUCACCAACCGGACGGCCAAAGGCCAGAAAGAGCAAAAAGAGUCCAUGAAAAAUAACUAAACUGUGGUAUGAGGAAGAGAGAGAGAGAGAGAGAGAGAGAGAGAGAAGAAAAAAAAAGAAA